ACCCCUGGUGCUGGGGGGGCACCGCGCCGGGGCCGGGCAUGGCACUGAGAGCGGCUCUGGGAUUCGCAUCCCCCUGCACGGACUGAUUUUUCUCCGUCUCUAUUUACAUGGUGAUAAGAAGUGCUAAUUCCACUCCGUCAGUCUGGACUGAUGAAUCUGAGGAAUAGAACAGAGCCCUGUGUUGUGUAAACGAACUGAUGGAUGAAGAUGAGAAGGACAGGGCAAAGAGGGCAUCACGCAACAAAUCUGAGAAGAAGAGGAGAGACCAGUUCAAUGUCCUCAUUAAAGAGCUUUGCACCAUGCUGCAGGGCCACGGCCACCCUCUCAAGAUGGACAAGUCCACAAUACUUCAGAGGACCAUUGACUUCUUACAGAAACAGAAAGAAAUCACAGCACAGACAGAAGCCUGUGAGAUUAGACAAGACUGGAAGCCUUCAUUUCUUAGCAACGAGGAGUUCACCCAGUUGAUGUUAGAGGCACUAGAUGGCUUUCUCAUUGCUCUUACCACUGAUGGGAUUAUUAUUUAUGUAUCUGACAGUGUUUCAUCUCUUCUGGGACACUUACCGUCAGAUUUGGUGGACCAAAACAUAUUAAACUUUCUGCCUGAGCGGGAGCAGAGCGAGGUGUACAAACUCCUUUCUCCACACGUGCUCAUGACAGAUCCUGUCGCAGCUGAUUUUCUAAAUGCGGAAAAACAAAUAGAGUUUUGCUGCCAUUUAGCAAGAGGCAGCUUAGAUCCAAAUGAACCCCUGAUGUAUGAAUAUGUGAAAUUUGUAGUGGAUUUUAAAUAUUUUACUCAUGUGCCUACACCCUCCUGUAAUGGCUUUGAGUCAGCUAUUGCACGAGCUUUCAGGUCAGCCACGGAGGAGCAGAUUUGCCUCGUAGCAACUGUUCGUCUUGUCACACCCCAGUUCUUAAAGGAGCUCUGCAAUGUUGAAGAGCCAUGUGAAGAAUUUACAUCAAGGCAUAGUUUGGAAUGGAAAUUUCUAUUCUUGGACCACAGGGCUCCACCUAUUAUAGGAUAUUUACCCUUUGAGGUUCUGGGAACAUCAGGGUAUGAUUACUACCACGCAGAUGACCUGGAGCUUCUUGCUCGGUGCCAUGAACACUUGAUGCAAUUUGGAAAAGGAAAGUCCUGUUACUAUCGGUUCCUGACCAAAGGCCAGCAGUGGAUAUGGCUGCAGACACAUUACUACAUCACCUACCACCAGUGGAAUUCCAAACCUGAGUUCAUCGUUUGCACUCACCUCGUGGUUAGUUAUGCAGAAGUUAGAGCUGAAAGAAGGCGAGAUCUUGGCCUUGAAGAGUCAUCAAUUGAACUGGCAGCCUCUUCUGUAAAGAGCCACAGCAGCUACCUGGACAUGGGGCAGUGUGGCAGCAGCCAGGAUGCCAGCCGGGAGGCAGUGUCAGUGUCAUCCCACAGCUCCCGACGCUCCUCACACACCGCCCUCUCCGACUCUGCGUCCACCUCAUCCAUGAGACACAUGGACACCAGCACACCCACCCGGGCAUCAGUGCCAGGGGGACAGGUGGAGAAGGCAGCCCUGCGGCUGGCAUCGGCUGGGAGUGCUCAGGCAAUAGCAACUCCUCAAGCCCCUGGUGACCACCUCCCUCAACAUCAUGUGGCUCAGCUGGCAGUCCCCUCCCAGCACUCUGUGAUGCCAGUGUACCAUUUCCCAACCCAGCUGGGGAUGAUGCAUCAGCUGAAAGAGCAGCUGGAGGAGAGGACUCGCAUUCUGCAAGCUGACAUCAAGACACAGCAAGAAGAGCUCCACGUCAUCAAGGAGCAGCUCCAGCUAGUGCAGGACUCCAACCUGCAGAUGCUGAUGCAGCAGCCGAUCCCUGUUGUCUUUAACAACCUGCAGCACCCGAACCCCAGGAGGCCACCACCACCAGCAGUGGGAACCCCCAGGCAGACAGCAGCCAAGAAGUCACAACAGGAAGGCCUUAUGGGGACAAAGCACUGCUGCAGCACCCACCUGCCAGCACCACGCCAGUUCCUCAGGGACCCCUGCAGCACAGCUGCCCAGGUGCAGCAGCAGCAGCAGCAGCAGCAGCAGCAGCAGCACCUAAUGAAAGGAAACCAAGCCCAGCAAACCUGCCUGCCUGGGCAGACAAGCAUUUCAGUGCCCCUCUACAACAACCCCAUGGUGUUUUCACAAGCACAUCCCAUUGCAGUGGCUGCACAGGUACCAAUGGAUGGCACUGAAAGGCAACCACAGACUGACUACAGCCAGGACAGGAGCCUCAGGAUGCUCUUGGAUCAGUCUAUCCAAGCCAUGAUGCCCACUGCCAACAGCAGCAGCCAGUCCACACAGAGCAGUGCCAGCAGGCAGCAAGGAAAAUUUGUUGCAGAACAGCAGAUCUUGCCUCCCCCAAUACAGAUGCAACCAAUCACCUGUAGCACCAUCCGACCGCCAGCCCCAUCGCCCGCUUUCUCCCCAUCCCUGAUGAUCCCACACACCAGCUUCACAUCCCACCAGGCAAACACCCCUGUUCCUCUCCACCAGUGGACACAGCAACAGGUUCAGCAGCACCGUCUCUACCUUCAGAUGCAAGGUUCUGAGCCAGCGCCUGGGGGUCCAACACAGCGCAUUUUCCAGCCACCCCCCACCCAGCAGCAGAACCCCCUCAGCUACUUCCUCCACCCGCAGCAGCAGAGCCACCAUGGGCAGGGCCAGGCCUGCAACCUGCCCGACCUGCCCGAGAUGCAGCUGCCCUGAGGAGCAUCCAUCAGCAGCUCUGGGAAGCAGGGACCAGCUUGGCUGAGCCGCUCGGCGCCCCGGCCAGGGGCAGGGGAGAGGACCACACCAUCGAAGCACAGGAUGGGUGAGGUCGGGCCCCUCGGGGCAGAUGGCAGCUGGAGGGAUGGUCCCCCCAGGGGCAGGUGGCUCUGGGGACACCUCAUCUGUUGGGAUUUCCAUGCAAUCUGUUGGGAUUUCCAUGCAGUCAGUCCCUGAGGCAGCUCCGGCAGCUGCACAUGCCCUUGCCUGGCACCGUGGUAGGACCAGAAGGUGAUGGCUUUCUGGCUGCAGGGAGGUUAUUGAUCAGGUCACCAUGAAGAUUGCUUUGCAAAGGAGAAAAUAAAAAACAAACCCACCUCUUUUCCAUUCAGGACUUCAAUGCUGAAAGUCACUGUGAAUUUAAGCCCAGCAUUUUGAACAUGGACACAGACUGUACCGGGCCACUGGACACCAUGUACAUAACUCGUUGUGCUGUCGUAGGUCCAUCGUGGAUUUUUUUUUUUUUCCUUUUUUCUAUACCUCAGUCCCACAAUUUUUUUGUUUUCCAGGAGAUUGGAUAAUGCUGCUAAUCUACAUAACACCACUUUUGCCUGAAUUUCUUACUGUUGUUAUACCAGCUCACAUCGCAGCUAGUAAGAUAUUUGUCGUGUUUAAUUUGGGUUAACAAGUACAGAUAAAUUUAUAUGGUUUU